AUCAAAUUACUUGUUUCCUUUCAAUUUUGCAGCUAUUUACGAAUAUUGAAUCUUUUUUUUUAGGUGUCUUUGAAUUUCCAGCAAGAAACGAAGUAUGCAGGCAUCAAGAGCAAGGUUGUUUAAGGAAUAUAAAGAGGUCCAGCGAGAGAAGGUGGCCGAUCCCGAUAUUCAACUAGUUUGUGAUGAUUCUAACAUCUUUAAGUGGACUGCUCUUAUCAAGGGACCAUCUGAGACACCGUAUGAAGGUGGAGUGUUCCAGCUUGUUUUUUCCGUUCCGGAGCAGUACCCUUUGCAACCUCCUCAAGUGCGAUUCCUGACAAAAAUAUUUCAUCCCAAUGUGCAUUUCAAGACAGGAGAGAUUUGCCUUGAUAUAUUGAAGAAUGCUUGGAGUCCUGCAUGGACACUUCAGUCUGUUUGUAGGGCUAUAAUAGCUUUGAUGGCUCAUCCUGAACCUGAUAGCCCGCUUAAUUGUGAUUCUGGCAAUCUUUUAAGGUCUGGUGAUAUCAGAGGAUUCCAGUCUAUGGCACGAAUGUACACCAGACACGCAGCCAUGCCCAAAAAAGGGUGAAGUCAUGAUGCUAUAAACCAUCUUUAAACAUCGUUGUACAAGUUCAAGAAUAUCUCCAUCCAAAAAUAUUAGUUUCAGCUAUAACUUAUCUUACGUUCAGUUUCUUUCUCAAGCAAUAUAUGUUUGUAUGAACAAGAUUUUAGACGAAAGAAAGAGACUGCAUUCACCAAC